AUGAAUUCGAUAGUCUUUUUAGUUGUUUUAGCAAUUUUUGUUAGCACAAGUUCAGCGGCAAACUUAACAGUUGCAAGUUCAAACGAAGAAUAUACUGCCCUUUGGAACAGGAAGUUCCAGAAUGAUAUCUACGUUGCUGACAUGAAAAUCGAAUGCGUCGAUGGACGUGGUGCCGACAGUAUUCGAGUGAUGAAAGAUCAACAAGAAGAAAUUUUGAAAGAAAUCAAACGCUAUCAAGAUAGUCUUGUUCCAGUUGAGGCUUUGAGUUUAAUUCGAAAACAUUGUGUUCAGAAAUACAAAACAAUGCUGGUAACAUACGAAACAGCUCAAGCACAAUUUGCAACAUGCAUAGCAACAGCACAAUCAAGGGUAAAUACAUUAACAACAACAGCUAAAAAUACUGUGGCAGCCGCAAAAGCAUCAGCUAAUACCAAUUUACCAAGAGCUAUUGUUAGUUGCAAUACAACUUACUUUAGUAAUCCACAGAAACACGAAGAAUGUGUUAUAAAUAAUAUUGAUUCUUAUGCUAAUUCUAUUCAAACAAAUAUGAGAAAUAUUGACAAAAAUCUAGAUGCUAGUUUGUGUACUUCGACUGAUCUUGCUCGUGAUGCUAUUCAAUGUGCAUUUGGAAUUGAACGUAAUGUUUUAUUGACAAUUGGCAAAGUGACAACUUUAAUUGAUAGUUGUAUGAAGGAAACGGAAACGAUUUGUCCGUGUGCAAAGAAUUUAAUGGUUGAAAGUGUAACACCAAGUGUUGCAAAACUUUUGGCAGGAAAUGUUACUCGAACGUAG